CCACCUUACCAGAAGAUGCCAUGAGUACAGCAGUCAGUGAUGGGAAUCCUUAUGGUUCUGAUGAUGCAUCAACUCCGCUGCCCACAACAACCAUAAGACCCCCCGAUACCACAGGAUACGAAGAUAAACCCAGUACAGUGGCCACAGUCCACUACAGAGAGAACUCCACGGACUCCAGGGUUAUAACUGAUCAUGCCAGUGGAGGCUUGGAGACUGUAGCAUUGGUGGGAAUCAUUUUGGGAAUUGUGAUCGCCAUUGGUAUCAUUGCUGGAAUCAUCAUUGCAGUCGUGAGGAAAAUGUCGGGCAGGUACUCGCCGUAGAUGACUGGAGAAUCGUGUCCUUUUGCCAACUGUUUUAUUUUUUAAAGAGAGCCCCUAUUUUAGCUUCCCGCACCCAUGUGAGAAGAUGAUCCGUGGAAGACCUGCUCCUCCAGUUCUAAAUCCAUGGUGAUCCUGAAGCUCUCCCAAGGGUUCCUGAGCUGAAAAUGAGAAGGCUCCUACAGCCUGUGACUCCAAACCUAUGUCAUUUUUAAAUCAUUUUUUUAUUUUUAUAUAUACACAUUUUAAAAGUAGCUGAUGUGACUUUUUAAAAAAAAGGUUCACAGUGGAUAGGAAACAAGAAAACAAUAACCAGGGAUCCCAAGGGUGUUAGAAAGUUCUUGAUGUGCUGGUGGAAAUACUGGCAUUCUUUCUGCUUGGCUUGUGCUGCUCUUAAAUGGGUCAGGGAGUCGUAAUUCUAGAACCGGGGGGAUAUUUGUAGGGCCAAUGGGGCAGAAUGCAUGGAGCCCUGUGUUCGUAUCCUGCCUCUGAUACUUACUAGCUAUGUGGCCAUGAGCCAAUCACUUCACCUUUCUCAGUUGUCUUAUUAAAAUGAGACAGUAGAGUCAUAGCCUUAGAAAGGGGGGGCAUAGAGGUCACCUAGUCCAACUCACUCAUUUUACAGAUGAGGGAACCGAGGACCAGUGAAUUUCCCAAGCCAACACUUACCUAUAUCACUGACUAAGGUUGUUGUGAGGACCAAAUGAGAUAAUGUAUGUAAAACGUUUAGCAAACCUAUCAUCAUUAGAGGUUACCUAGCCCAACCCCCUCCUUUUAUAAUAAGGAAACCGAGGCCCAGAGAGAUCAAGGGAUUUUAUUCAAGGUCACAUAGGCAAGAAGUGAUGGCAGUAGGAUUUAAACCCAGGUCUUCUGAUUCCAAAUCCACGGCUCUUUCCACUGUAACCCAAAGAGAUGGUUUCAUAUUCUCCAACGGGCUGAGGUGCACAAGACCUUAUACUUCUUAUUCUUUAGAAUUUGGUACAAGCAGUGAUCAAAAAGCAUCUUAAGCCUUUGUGAUGUAGUGAACAGCUGUUUCUAGUUGGUUGGGACUAAGUACUUCAAAGACACCCUCAUGGAGUCAACCAUUGGAGUUAGUAAACAGGAAAUCCAUGAUUCUGGGAAGACGGUCCUUUCCUUCCCCGCCCCCCCACCCCUCGCCUGAGGCCUCCUGGGCUGCUUAAAAAGCUUCUCUAGAAAGGACUUGCUGACUCAAUGUUUUGAGCUGACAGCCUCCCACCUCUGCAUCUUUGAAGUGAAUGGGCCCAGGGAGGUCCUCUCGUUAAAGGAAGGUUGGUUUCUGAUUGGCUGCCAAUACCACAUCACUAUAACCCCUCUGAUCCUUAGCAUGUGGCCCUGCUGGACUAGAUCAUACGUUGCAGGCACAAAGCCACCAGCAGCUAACAUGACCCAGGCUUAAAAGCAUUUUGCUACUUAUGUCUAAAACAUGAAGGACCCUUGUUCUUGUCCAGGGAUACACUGUAAGCAGCAGAACAUGCCAGUUUUCCUACACUUAUUUAUCUCCUUGACCUUUGUCACUUUGGAGAGACGUAUGAAAUAGAAAAUAAGUGUAGCUAGAGUUGAAUUUUAAACAGCAGUAAGGUUUUAAAGCACAUAAAACUCAAAGAAAAACCUUUCCCAGUUCUUCGUUUUGUUGACCUCACAAAUUGAGAAGUGAGUCAGAUUUCCUCAUUAGAGCUCAUCAUCCCAGUGCUGUCAAAUGCAGCACGCCCUUUUAUGAAUGUCAGUUGAGUUUUUUUUUUAAAGACUCAUUCAUUGACACACAUCCUGGAAUGACUGGGUAUAGUUUCAAGCCUAAGAUCUUUCAAAUUGUCCAAUGAGUUGGUGUAGGAUGGGAAGCCAUUGCUUGAGAAAUAUCGUUUGUUUCUCUCCUGGGUUUCUUGUCUUGUUUCAAUGUUUGGAUGUUAUUUUAUAUAAUCUACUCUAGGAUGAAGCUAUCCAUCCACAACAUAUUACAAAUUGAACACACAAGAGAUGGAAGCAGAUGGUCUAAUAAAGUGUGAUUGAAAGAACUUAUAAAAUACAAUGUCUUUCAAGUUAUCUCCCUUUCCCCUACCCUUCAAAUUUCUGGUUAGUGAUUUAUAAUAAUUCCCUCAAAAAUUUUGUUUCCUACCACUUCUCCCUUCUCUUCCCCACUCCAUGAAAAAAUAGGAGUCCAUCUCAAGUUAUACACUGGACCCAGUGCCUGCUGGGACAGGACAGUGGGUUUCUCAACACUGUUUAAUGCAGUGUGGACAUUUUCAAAUAAAGCAGAUAGUUAUGUAUAAUAG